AUGGCUUCCAAAUACAAGGGAAUUGGUUCCGAUAGGGGUCCUACUGAUCUAGUAGGAAUUCGUUCCAAUGGUGUUUCUAAGUCCAAAUAUAAGUACUUGGAGUUCAAGUAUUUGUACUUCCAAAUCCAAAAACUCAUCAACAAAGAUGUCACAUUGAGCUUUCGGCCAGAACAGCUUCGUACUCCAGAAACAAGAAUUUCUUUGAUAAAGCCUUUAGUUCAGUCUAUUCUCAGCAUUAGCUCCAAGAGGUUCUUAGAGUCUACACUUCGGCAUGUCCACCAGGGCCAGGAGUCCCAAUUCACCUCUUUUGGCACGUUUGGAUCUCCUCAGGAACUGCUUAUGUCUACCAGUGUUAUCUAUGUGUUGCUACUACUCAGAUAUGAGUAUAUCAUACAAUCAGAGAACAAUCUUAUCAUGUAUGAUCUUCUUGUGACGAAAGCGAAUAUUUGCGAGGUUUUGGCAAUAAGACUUUUGCGAGAAUAUCGAUCAAAUGAUAGAAUCAAUCUACUUUUCAUUAAUCCAAUGAGGCUUCAUGAGGAGCACGAGCAAUUGAAAAACACGAAGCAUCUUCAAUGCUUCAAUACCUUAGAAUUGUCCAUCCUCUCCAAAUCCAAAAAGUUUCUCUCCCAGCCUGCUGUGGUCCAGAUAUUAGAUCGAAUCUAUAGCGGAGAACUUAUGUUAAAUGAGCAUUGGGAGGCCAUGUCGGGUUCCAUUCAUGAUUAUCUGCCCGCUUUACGAACAACAACGAGCAGGAACGUCCUGUCACUGUUGAAUCUGGAUAAAGGCAGUGCCACCGAUUCAUACUCGUUUUUGCGUUCGUCAGAGGAACAAGAACAGGAGCAAGUGACUAACAUUGUCAAUUAUAGGUUCACGCGAAUAUCGUUGGAGAAGGUCCUUAUGCGUUCCAAUAUUGUUCCGAAAUAUCAGUCUCUUGUAAUUAACUUGAAGUACGCUGUAAUGACUGUGCUCUUCUUGGGCCUCGUACUUAAGCACAGGGGUAACAUGCUGGACAAUACUCAUUCCAAUCUCAAUUCGGUGCUCUCUUUGUUGUUUUGGAUGGUCUCAUUAAGUUUCAAUCUAGACAUUUUUGUCAAACUCUUUCACAUUGAGUUCAUGUUUCUCAAGAAGAUUAUCUGGACAUAUGUUGACAUACUCAUAGUGUUACUUAUCGAUAUUUCGUUCUUGAUGAGAUGUCUUUAUGGUCUUGGACAUGUCAAUUCGAUGACUUACUAUAACUGCUUUAGUUUGAUCUCCAUUCUCUUGAUUCCUCGCAUGCUCUCUGUGUUCAAUAACUACCGCUUUUUCAACAUGAUCUUCGUUUCUUUGAGAAAGAUGUUGUGGAAUACGGCAGCCAUGUUCUGUCUAUUCAUCUCCUUGACCUUCGGGUUUUUCCUCUGCUUCAUCAGUUUAACCAAUAAUCUCACUACUUAUGAUGUCGCCUUCGGCAUGCUCAAGAUAUUCUUCGGUUUCACUCCUGCAGUUUGGGACAAUUGGAACAAUUACAACCAUUUAGGAAGAUCUGUAUUGCUCAUGUAUCUCUUCUUCAUUCAAUUCGUCGUUACUACAAUUCUAGCUAUAGUUUUGAGUAACGUUUUUGUGAAGGUAAGCGAAACCAAUAACGAAGAAUUCGAGUACCUCAAAACCACAAAUUUAAUCAUCUACCUUAAGUGGUCGAGCUCGCAAAGAUCCUCCGGUAGGAAGCUGCGACUUGGCUAUGCAUUUGAACUUUUUGUCACCAUGUUCAGAAUGCCUAUCAUCACUGUGAUUUACAUUUACGAGAUUCUUAUCAAAGACAACAAGAUCCUUCUUCAAAAGCAACAAAGAGAUUUGAAAAAGUUCACAUUUCUCAGCAGAGAAGAGGAUUUGUACGGAGAUAAUGAUAUGAUGCUUUUGGGCCAAGCCGAAGACGAGGAUGGCUUAAUGCGCGUUGUAUCUAAGAGUGGCUCCAAUUUUGCGGCUUUUCGUCGUGCUUCUUGCGAGGCAGGGUUUUCUAGGAUGCCAGAUGGUCGAAUCAUCGACGUAAAAAAGCAACAAAAUUCGUUAAAAUUAGCACCGCAAAGGUCUCAUACAACUCUACCUGGAUUCAGAAGCGGACUGAUGGACUCUGCGUUUAUUGACGGAUUCUUAGAGAAAAAGUAUGGAUUAUCUAGCUACGAAUCCACCAACACGGAGCCUUAUUCAAGAAGAGUGCAGUCUCUGGAAAAUGGACGCACAAACGAGCCAACAAAUUUGCUAAUUCUUAACAAAUUGCUGGAGAUGGAGGCGCUCUUGGCCCAGGUUGUGCAGACUGGAGACAACGAUGUAACGGCACUACAAUACCUGAGUUUCUUGGGCGGGUACGGAAGCGACGCUGAAGUAAGCGACGACAAUACAGAAGAACAACAAAGUCUAUCACUGGAUGCAAGUAACCUAGUCUAG